CUUACUUCAUGGGCAGUGGCAUUAUAAUUAUAGAGAAUUAGCAGACGAUUUAAUUUUUCUCUCCGCAAUCUGCAGUUUUCGUCUAAUUUUCUGACGAAAUGUUCACAAAUAUAAUAGUAUGAUAUUUAUGUUUCUAUAUAUAUAUAAAUCUUUCGUUCACUUUAUGGUCUUAUUUUUAUAUAUCUUUCAUUUGGAUAUUUAUAUUGACUUCAUAAAUGAAGGUUAUAUAAAUAAAACAAUCAUAUAAAAAAAUACAAAAAUUAAAUUAAAAAUUACACAAGCCUCAAGUAAUAAAUAUAGAUUAGUGGAAAAAUGCCAAUUGGAGUCUGGACGCGGUACUUAAAGCAUUUAUUAAUAUUUGUGCAUACAUAUAAUUUGCAUUAAAUUCUCAGUGUCAGAAAAUGAUGCGCAUAGGUCUACUAGCUAGAAGCCCAAUACUAAUGAGUAUAUUUCCAUUUGGUAAUGAUACUAAUUUUGAUAAACCUGUGAAUAACGUGAUAGAGCCAUUGGAAGAUAAAUUGGGUUGGGACAGAGUAAAAAAUAUAUUUCAUUUAAAUAAAGAUGGUAUGUUCACAAAAGAAUUAACAUCUAUCAUAAAUAUAACAAUAUCAGGUGCCGUAAUUGGCGCAGUCUUGGGUGGUACAAGUGCAACUAAGAAUACUGUAGAUAAUUUUAUCUCAAAUAAUGAAGCGACAAAGUUUACGAGCCAUUUUGAUGCAAAAUGGCAUCUUCAACAGGCAGUUACAGUAAAUUUCAUAAGAAGAGGUGCAAGAAUGGGAGCAAAACUUGGACUUUUUUGUUGUAUGUUUAGUACUGUAACAACAUGCACAACAGCAUAUCGAGGAAAAUUGGCAAUAGAAAAUUAUAUGUUAGGUGGUUCUAUAACAGGAUUAUUAUUUAAAAUGAAUUUAGGACUUCGAGGAGCACUUGUUGGCAUUGCACUUGGCAGUACAUUAGGUGGCAUAUGUGGUGGUACAUCGCUUCUUAUUCUUAAAUUAUCAGGAGCAACUAUAGAUGAAGUACUAGAAGCACAACAAAAAUGGAUAAAUUCAAGAGAUGAGAUUCUGCAUAACAAGAUAAAGGAAUGCAUGAGUACUGAAUUACCAGAAAUAAAGCAGCUAUAUGAAGAAAAUAAAAAAGUAUGCUUAAUUCAAGGAAGAAGAACGGAGGAAGGAGAGAACAUUGAAGAUCAUAAAACAUAAACUUAUUAUGUAAAUGAAUCUUGUACAUAGAUGUGUCUUUAUUAUUCAUCUAUAAAUCAAUCUUGUAUAUAUAAGUGUGUGUGUAUAUGUAUCUUCAUUAUUCAUCUGUGUAGAUAAUUAAUCCAAAUUUUACA